GCUGCAAGAACAUUGUGACGCACCCUUCAGCGGAGAUGAUGCUGAAGAUCAGAAAGUCACAGCAAGCAGCUCAGUACCUGCAGCUUCAGCAAACAUCAUUGAAAUCUCUGGGCCGGCUCAUGGCAGUCCUGCUCAAGACAGAGCCCACCCGUGGCUUUUUCCAGAACAUAGUCCAUGUCCUGCAGAGAUCUAUGACAUCAGACAACGUGUGGGAGCGCAAGAGGGCCCUGCAGACCUGCUCCCAGCUGCUGGCUGUUUGUGAAGAGCUUCAAAGAGGAGAUAUCUGUGAGCACUUUGGCUCCUUGGUGGGAUUGUUGGCACCUCUGACAUGUGACCCCAUGCCCACAUCCCGCCAGCUGGCCGUCACCUGUCUGAGCUCCCUUCUCCGAAUCCAAGCCAAAGCAGCCAACAGAGACAUCGAGACAGGAGACAUCAGGAACCUGUAUGAGGGGCUGCAUGCCUGCAGCACCAUCUGUCAGCUCCAGACCUCGUCCAAAAUGGCAAGG